GGUUAGCUUUCGGUUGCCGUGGCAACGGGCAGCGCGAGCACCGAGGAGGCCGCGGAGCGACUCCCUGGGCGCCAUUUAGCUGUUUUUAUUGUCAGCGUUAGUAUUUAGGUGAUUAACGGAUGGCCGAGGAGGGGAGACGCGGAGAGGAGGAGGACCGGGGGCCCGGGGCGGCUCACCGGGGCUUUGUGCUGAUGGAGGAGCUUGUGGAGAAGCUGAAGCUGCUGAACUACGAGGAGGAAGUUCUGGUGAAACACAACAUGAAGAGCCUGAGCAGACAUUACUUUGUCUCCAGUCCCUACCUGGCGUCCAACCCCGGCGAGCAGUUCUACAUGUUCACCAUCAUCGCUGCCUGGCUCAUCAACGUGGCGGGGCGGCCGUUCACAGAGCCCCAGGAGUACGACGAGCCCAACGCCACCGUGUCCAACAUCCUGGCAGAACUCAGGGCCUUGGGUGUCCAGGUGGACUUUCCUCCCUCCAGACUGAAGUCGGGCUCAGGUGAGCACGUCUGCCUGGUGCUGGACCACCUGGCUGAGGAGGCGCUGAAGAGGAGAGGCUUCACCUUCACCAGACCCAAGUACCCUGCAGAAAAGCCGGAGGAAGACGGCGUGAUGGACGACGACGCAGAGCUGACGCUCAGCAGAGUGGAGGAGGAGAUGAUUGAGGAAGCUGACCAUGAGGAGGAGGAGGAGGAGGAGGAGGAGAACAUGAUGGACCUGGAGGCUCUGAAGCUACCGAGCUCUCACGCGCAAUCAGAACCGAGCUCCAAGCCGGACCGGAUCCUGGAGUCCACUGUGGACGCUGCAGAGUGGAGGCUGGAGGUGGAGAGGGUCCUGCCGCAGCUCAGAGUCACCAUCAGGACCGACAACAAGGACUGGAGGAUCCAUCUGGACCAGAUGCACCGACACAGAGACGGGAUCACGUCAUCGCUCAGAGACACCAGGCGUCCCUCUGAGACCAGAUCAAGCUCUCUGAUGUCAGCAGCUAAAGGAGGAAAGGACCUCAUGAGUCCUAAAGCCUUCAUCCUUCUGCAGCAAAUGCGUCUGAGAAAAGCUGCUUUCCACACUUUAGCCUCCCACAACCUGGAGGCACUUUUCUUCAUUAUUGCUGCAAAGAACUCGUUUCCUGAAUGCUGAUUAGAACAAAAUGCAAAACUGAAGAAAAGCUUUGGAGAGGAACUUUGAUGUUUUCUCACAUUUUCUCACAUUUUAUUCACUUCUAACUCUUGACGCACAUUGACCAAUAAAAUGUUGUUGCUAACGUCU